GGAUGAUCUUUUGGAAAAGCAACAAGAUAAUGUCCAAUUGCUUGACUUGGAGUACGUCCAACUGGACGUCGGCAAAAUCUUGCAAUUACUCAAUAAGACGUUUGUGACUAAAAGCAGAGGCGGCUUAUUCUCUUAAAGAAUCGAUUGUGUGGUGUUAUUGUUGUUUUUAGCAAUGAAUCCAUCAUAUUGGGCUGGUCCUUGUAUUGGUAUUAUAAUAUAUAAAUAUUUUCUUUCUUAUUCUCUGCGAUCCGAGAAAAAAAAAACAAAGAAAACGAACCUUUCACCACAACAGCUAUACGAAAAAAAAAAAAACUACUUCUUUCAUCACGGCCAGAACCUAACGUUUCAGCCCAACAUAGAAUACCAAACGCGUAAAGAAGACAAAUAAAAAUUAUUUACAGUGUGU